UAUGAAAAUGGAUCAUCAAAAUGAAGAUAAAAAACCAUCCUUUUUUCUUCAACUGUUAGCCAAAUUUCAUGCUGGUUAUUUCAGAAUUAGCAUGUCCCUUUGUGGGCAAGCUUUGUUAUGGAAAAUCCUCAAACAACCAAUUCAAAAUGAAAAUUCUUUAAGGAGAAUCCUUCGUUUGUUACCCAAUACAGCUUUCUUGCUGUUAUGGUCAUUGACUCUGUUCAUUUCAGCUUCCCUUUCUUUGAUUUACAUUUUAAGAUGUUUCUUCCAUUUCAAAUUGGUUAAAUCGGAGUUUUUACAUAGAGUGGGUGUAAAUUAUCUGUUUGCACCGUGGCUUUCUUGGCUUCUUUUACUUCAAUCUUCACCAUUUAAAUCUCUAAUUCCCAACCAAAUUCUCAUGUGGGUUUUCAUCAUUCCAAUUGUUGUAUUGGAUGUCAAAAUCUAUGGCCAAUGGUUCACAAAAGGGAAAAGAUUUCUAUCAACUGUAGCUAAUCCCAGUAGCCAACUUUCUGUGAUCGGAAACUUGGCUGGAGCUCGAGCGGCGGCGGUGAUCGGGUGGAGAGAAAGUGCACUCUGUUUAUUUUCUCUUGGAAUGGCACAUUAUUUGGUACUUUUUGUGACACUUUAUCAAAGAUUAUCAGGAAGUAAUACUCUUCCAGCCAUUUUGAGGCCAGUGUUCUUCUUGUUCUUUGCAGCUCCAAGUAUGGCAAGCUUAGCUUGGAGUUCCAUUAAUGGAGGAUUUGACACAUUUUCAAAAAUGUUGUUUUUUCUGUCUGUUUUUCUAUUUGUGUCACUUGUUUCAAGGCCAGGGCUUUUCAGAAAAUCUAUGAGGAAGUUCAGUAUCGCAUGGUGGGCUUAUUCUUUUCCUCUAUCGGUUCUUGCUUUGGCUUGCAAUGAAUAUGCGAAAGAAGUUGAAGCUACAGCUGCUCAUGUUUUUGCUCUGCUUUUGGCUCUUAUCUCUGUUUUGGUCUCUCUGUUUUUGAUGAUUGUUACCGUUUUGAGGAGUCAUUUGUUGGUUCCCCAGACUCCGACCGAGAUCAGUUCCGACAGUAGUAGUGCCGAGCCAUGAAAAAUUUCAACCUUUAACCUCUUCAUCAAAAAUAAAUGUAUCAUAUAAUUGUUAUUCGUUGAUAUGUUCGUUGAUGUAUACUCACUUAAAUUUAGUGUAUAUUGACAUAAUACAAAGUAAUACUUACUUUCAUUGGUCCAA